AUGGUUAUUGAUUUUCAGCCUGCAACAGCACGUCCUUCGAGAAGAGGUGCGCAAGCGAAGAAGGCGAAAACUGGGAAGAGAAAUGGGAGGAAAAGGCAAAAGAAGACUCGUCAGUCAAACAGGAAAAAUGGUGACCGCAAAAACGGCGAUUCGAAAUUAUCUCCACCUGAAGAUGAUAGCUACAUUCGGAAUCGUACCUUGGAAGAAACCGAAAACUUACCGUCACUGGGCAGUUUUUCUGACCGGGAAGAUAAUGACUGUACCAUGGAGGAACCUGAAGACACUGCAGCUGAUAGGGAGGAAGAAGGAGCUCGUGAAGGUAACCCGGCUCGUACUGAGGAAGAAAAUGUAACUCGUGGAAACAUUGCGUCUGAAAUGGAGGAAGAAGAAGUAACUCGUGGAGACAACGCGGCUGAAAUGGAGGAAGAAGAAGUAACCCAUGGUCGCAAGGAACAAGUUACUGUAAAGCCGCCCCCACAUAACGCUAAAGGGAAUGGAAGAAAUGAUCUUGCCAAGAGUAGCAAUAACGAUAAUACUUCGGCGCGUAAGCCUGCUCAGAAACGUAGGCCACGUCGGAAGAGAAAACCAUGGAAUCCUAGACCUAGGAAAACUCCAAGUGUCCGCAACAAAGCAAAUGCUCGUCCUGAGCCCGAUUUGAGGCUCCAGCAUCAAAAAGUCCAACCUGAACAGAACGCAGUAAUCAACAAGAGUUCACACGAACCAGUAGAAAAUCCCGGUCAUCCCAGAACCCAGGCAAAUGCGCCUCCUACAACGCACAAGAGGAAAAUUGAGGAUGAAGUAAUUUAUAGUAUGGAUCACUUCUACCAAGGAAAUAUCCUGAUGAGAGUAGUUGAAGGCAGUUGUGGAAGAAGAGUUUAUCCUAUUGUACAUCCACAUUGCCUACGCCCCGUAGCAAGAAAUCAGCCGCAUAUCUAUGAAGUCGAAAGGGACCCGUAUAGAAUGUACUGUUACUGUCAAUCAACUGCCGACGGUGGAAUGAUUGGAUGUGAUGGUCAGAACUGUCCGCAUGGGGGAUGGAUUCAUUACCGUUGUGCUGGUAUAAGAAGCUACACUCCACGCGGAAGAUGGUACUGUGCAAGUUGCCGUCCGUAUUAUCACGAUAGGGGUAAACCAAUUUAUACCUGUCAGGAGGAGAUACCUAUUGCUAUUGUCAAAGGAGAGCCGCCCGCAGAAGGCAUUUACGGUAAAGGACCUUCGAUUAAAAAACAGUAA